UAAGAUUGGCUCAAUGUAAGAAACAAGCACUCCAGGAAUACCGACUACGCAGUGGGAAUUUUAAAUAGAAUUCUGUAACGAAUGUUAUCAUGUCAUCUUCUGUAUUCAAAGUAAAGAUCCUACGAGGUAUCGGAUUACCUCAAUUUGGAAGUGACGUCACUGAUGCCUAUGUUUCUGUAACAUUUCGAGGUAAAACAAGGAAGACUUCCGUCAAGGAGAACAAUACUAAUCCGGAAUGGAACGAGGAACUUGAAUUUGAAAUGAAAGGAGUUCUCAAAGCUAAAGACUCAAUAAAAUUCCGAGUAUUUGAUAAAGAAGGAAUGCUCUCAAGUGAUAAAUUCAUAGGUCAAGCUUCUCUCGAUUAUCGUGAUUUUCAUGGUGGCAAAAAACAUCACCAUCUAAUGUUGAAAGGAAAAGAUGGAAAGUCUGGAGAGGGUAAGUUGGCGAUUGUCACGGACGACGGAGAGAAAAAAGACGAAAAUGAAGGGGGACAAAAGCAUAAAAACGCAGAAGAUCAAGAAGGUGACCAUGAUAGCAGCGAUGACCGCCAAGAUGAUGAAGGGGUUGAUGUUAGCGGAGGAGGAGGGGGAGGCGCAAUAAAAACAACUACAGAUCGUAGUAAAUUAUCUGAUAAAGUAGAAGAUUUUCAAAUUCGAGUGAAAAUUCACGAAGGACGGCAAUUGGCAGGAUCAAACAUAAAACCUGUUGUCAAAGUGAAGUGCGGACCGAACCAAAUAAAAAUAACCAGAGUCAAGAAGAGCUCGGCUCCAGUGUGGGAAGAGAUGAUGAUCUUCAAUUUUAAAGAAUCUUUGAAAAAUCUUUAUGACUGUAUAAUAGAAUUAACUGUCAAUAAUUCAAAACGUCUCCGAUCUGAUGCACUGAUUGGAUUUUUUAAACUGGAUCUUGGGAAUGUCUAUGACCAGCAAGGUCAUGCAUAUGUUCGCAAGUGGAUCUUACUGACAGAUCCAGAGGAUUCGUCAAACACCCCAAGGGGUUACCUGAAAGCAACUAUCUGUGUUUUGGGAGCUGGGGAUGAGCCACCUAGUGACAGUGGUGGAAAAGAAGAAGACGACGAUGUGGAAGGAAACCUUCUGACGCCUGCUGGAGCAGCUCUUCGUUCCGCAACUUUUGUCCUGCGAGUAUUUAAAGCCGAAGAUGUUCCCCAGAUGGAUACUGCUGCAUUCCAAAGUAUGAAGAAAUUCAUUGGCAUGGGCGAAGAAGCACAACGGACUCUCGUUGAUCCAUACGCCGUUUUCAGGUUUGCGGGAAAAAAGCGAAAGACAAAAGUAAUCGAACAAAACAACAACCCUGAAUGGAAUGAGGAAUUAGCUCUACCUUUGAAAUUCCCAUCGAUGUGCGACACACUUCAAUUAACUCUUUAUGACUGGGACAGAAUAGGUCACGACGACGCAGUUGGAACUUUUAGGAUCCCGAUUUCAAAAAUAUCAUCAACUGGAGAAGACUCGGAUUCAGAAAUGGACGAAGGCGACGAUGAUGGUUUCUUGCCUACGUUUGGGCCAACUUUCGUUAACAUAUAUGGUUCUCCGAGAGAAUUUUCGGAGUUUGGAGACAACCUUGAAGGAAUGAAUUUGGGAAAGUGUGAUGGAUGCGCGUACCGGGGAAGACUUAUGGUUGAAUUGCAAACGAAAGUCGAAGAAGAAGGAAUCGAAAAUCCUCCAUCUUCUCAACCUAUUGAAGAUGACAUCGUUGCAGCUACAAAGAAAUAUUUAAGAAGACGGAAAUAUCGUCUGAUUGUUGCUUUCCAAGAAGCUAGUAUGAUUGAAAAGGCUGAUCAGCCCAUCGAGUUUGAAGUUUCAAUGGGAAAUUAUGGAAACAAAUUUGAUAACGAAACGCAAGCAAGUUCGUCAACCACUGAACCAACUCAAGCUAUAUUCGAAGGGACUUAUUACUACUAUCUUCCGUGGGCUUCGAAGAAACCUGUAGUUUGUGUGACCUCGCACUGGGAAGACAUUGGUUUCAGAUAUCAUUCACUCAAUGUUCUCUUAAGACUGAUUUCAACCAUGGAAACAGACAUUGCUCGUGUAAAAAAAAUGAUGGCAGAUGAAUGUGACGAAAUCGAAAUUGCUUCAGAAAUCGUUGAAAUUUUAAACGAGUUAUUAUUGGCGUGCACAAAAGGCGUUCCUGAUCCUCGUGGUCGAACUGUAGCAAACUCUUUAGACUCGAGAUUGUACGGACAAAGAUUACAACAGCUAUCUCUUAUACGAACAGAAGCAGUUGAAUUGAGACAAACGUGUACCGAUGCCAAACUUGCGCUCGUUGCACUUGAGGAUUACCUAGAAAGAUUGAAAGAAAUGGCGUAUGAGCCUCAAAGCAGCAUGCCUGAUGUCAUCAUAUGGAUGUUGUCGGAUAACAAGAGAAUAGCAUACGCAAGAAUACCUGCUAACGAAGUACUUUAUUCUAAAGAAAGAGAACAAUAUUGCGGAAGGAUGUGUGGUAGAAUGCAAAAUAUAUUUUUGAAGUAUCCAACUGCGAGAACUAAGAGCAAGAAGAAUUAUAAAAUAGCCUGUCAACUGCAAGCGAUGGUUUGGCUUGGUCGAGCAUCCGAUCAAGACGAUUUCGAUUUCAAUUCUAGAGGGAAGAUAUCAGUCUACGCAGAUACGUAUGAAACGGAAUCGAAAGUACCGGUUAAGGGAUGGUCUGCAGAUGGAUUCAAAGAUCGCACGAUGGAGAUUCCUCUACCGAAAGACAAAUUCAACUGCCCGCCUGGUUGGCAAUGGGAUGAAGACUGGUUUAUUAGUCCAAGCACAAAUCGGCUGUAUGACGCUUCAUCAGGAUUCGAUGUUUACACCGAGGAAGCGUAUGAAGUCCAAUACAGAUUCCCUGGGGGUUCAUGGGAGGAUGAAGGAAUGUAUGACUCAAAUCAAGAUCCUAUUCCCAAUUUGAAUGCGAUAGAAAGUCAAGAGGGUUGGGUCUGGCAGGACGAAUGGGAGAUCGAUUGUAACAGAGCUUGUGAUGAAGACGGAUGGGAAUAUACAAUAACGACCGAAGAGCAGAAUCCAGUUUGGCAAACAAUGGAAAAAGUUUUCCAUCUUAAUAGAAGAAGAAGAUGGGUUCGAACAAAAAAAUGUGUUGACGCGAAAUUACAAGCCAGAAAAGAAAGAGAACUCAUGGCGUUGGAGGAAGGAUGGGAAUAUGCCAAAACAAGUGGAAGUACAUUUCAUCCCGAUUCAAAAACGUUUGAUUUGGUUCGGAGAAGAAGAUGGAUGAGAAGAAUGGUUGCUGAAGAAUCUAGAGGAUCAGCUGCAAUAUUCAGUUUGGAUCGACCCUUAGUACACCCCGAUGGCCCAAUCUCGGAAGAAACUUCUGCAAUGUCUCCAUCCGGAGAGGAACUUUCACCAGGACCAGAUGAAUCUCAAAUGCUUAGUGAUCCUAGACCAGAGGAAGGUGCAAUUACUUCGGAUGAUCAUAAAGAAUAUGUUGAACAAGCAAGUUCAUCGACCACAAAAAAGAAAAAGAAAAUUGGUCUCAAGAGGAAAAAGGGGAAAAAAGAAAGCGUAGCAUCACAACCUUCAGCUGGAAAGCGUGGAAAGUCUUCAAUAUUUUCAUUUGGUAAAGCAAAGUCAAAAAAGUCUAAGGUACCCAAGAUGCCAACACCUAGAAUUUUUUUAAACUUUGAAGGAGCAAUAAAACUUCAACUAAGAGUUUAUAUUUAUCAAGCUAGAGAUCUAUUACCCAUGGACCAGGAUAGUUUUUCAGAUCCAUUUGUAUACGCAACUUUCAUGAGCUUAUGUAAAAGAUCUGAACUCGUUCGUCAUACAUUGAAUCCAAUCUGGGAUCAGACUCUGAUAAUGGACAUGGACUAUUAUGGAGAUUUGAAUCAUCUCAGAUCUUCAUGUCCAGAUGUUAUUUUGGAAGUAUUUGACAAGGAUGACAUUGUUCCUAUAAACUUUACUGGUCGACGAUCAAGGACAAAUCAGGUGGAAGACAAGAGGGGACACGUUAAUAAAGGAUCUUUAGAAUUUAUGGGACGAGCCACUCUCCAACCAAUGUUUAAACUUGACCCCGAAGAACCAGUUUCGCCAAGAUUAGCCUGGUUUGACAUCAUGCGCGGAAACUUGGCGGGAGGAAGCGUUUUGGCCACUGCUGAAUUAUUGGUGAAAUCUGAAGACAAGAUGAUGCCUUUUCUUCCUCCUCGGCGGAUGGAAGUUUUUAAAGUUCCCCCUGGAAUUCGUCCUGUGCUACAAAGAACUGCGCUCGAGUUCGUCAUUUGGGGAGUGCGAAAUAUGGAAUCAUUUAAACUUCUGAGUGUGGACAGACCAAGCGUCGUGAUAGAGAUCGGUGAUGUAGAAGUUCGGUCAAAAGUGAUCAAGAAUAUAAAGAAGUUUCCAAAUUUUUCUGAGCCGGUAUUUUUCCUGGAAGCGAAUCUUCCGAAAGAACAAAUUUAUUGUCCACCUAUUGUUAUACGAGUGAAAGACAACAGGAAAUUCGGACGAAGGCCAACGGUAGGACAACACAUCAUAUCUGACCUAUCUACACACGUUGUUGCUGCUCCACCUAUACCCAAAACAGACCUUCAUGAGGAUGACGAAGGAUUUGAUGAUGACCCAACUGUUAUAGAAGUGAUCCCACCAUCACCAGUUGACGACGGUGCAAGUAAAGGACUGCGGGAGGAGUUGAAAAGAAUGGGGAGUGUGGUAGGGCCACAUGAGGUGGUAGAAGCACCAUUCGAAUCGUACCGCGAUGACCGAGUAUUAGUAAACAACGACGAGUUGGGAGACAUGGGACCUAGCAUUGUGAUCACUGAUGCUUCGGGAGAGCCCCGACUAUCAAUUUCUGAGCACAGUGAAUAUAAUUUCCAAGAGAUUAUUGAGGUAUACGACCCGGACCAACCGGGAGAGGAUGAAAUGGAGGAAUCAGAGGAAGAAGAGGAGGAAGACACGUUUGCCCAAGGAAUUUUGGCGAGCAUCGAAGGUUUCGGGAAAAAAAUUGCUAGUGCAGUUCCGCUUAUUUCUUUUGAAGAGGAAUUUAGAGAGGAAGAAAUUGACUGGUGGUCUAAAUACUAUGCCUCAAUAGGAGAUGCUGACAAAUGCGGACAGUAUCUUUCAACAGGGAUGGACACUAUAAAGGUCUAUAGAAGCGAAUUGGAAAAACAAGAGCCAUAUAAUCGUUUCAGCGAUUUCAUCCAAACAUUCGAAUUAUUCAGAGGGAAGCAAGGGAAAGAUGACGAUGAUGCUCCUCCUGUAGUGGGGGAAUUCAAGGGAGCUAUUUUCAUGUAUCCUCUACCAGCGGAUCCAAAUGAUCCAAUGCCCGAAAGAAUAUUCAAGAAUAUUCCAUCAACGGAUCCCGUGGAAGUUAAAGUGCGAAUUUACGUUGUGAGAGCUUUUGAUCUUGCACCUCAGGAUUCGAACGGGCUUGCUGAUCCGUAUUUGAAAAUCAAGGUCGGAAAAAAGAGGAUAUUAGAUAGAUCCAACUAUUUACCCAACACGUUGAAUCCCACAUUUGGAAGAAUGUUUGAAUUGGAUUUGAUUCUUCCAAUGGAAAAAGAUUUAAGAGUGGAAGUCUUUGACUGGGAUCUGAUUGGAACGGACGACAAAGUAGGAGAAACUGUCAUAGAUUUGGAGAAUCGAUAUCUCAGCAAAUUCAAAGCUUGGUGUGGAUUGCCAAAAUCAUAUUGCUCAAGCGGAACAAAUAAAUGGAGAGACCAACAAACUCCAAAAGACUGGCUCAUGCAAAAAGCAAAAGAGCUUGGAAUCGACGAACCAAUUUGGAACGGAAAUACCUGUGUUUUAUUCAACAAAAAGAAAUAUUUACUUGAAACGUUUGAGAAGAAUAUGUCACCAUGCAAAGAUUGGGGAUCAGCAGACGAACGUCUGGCUCUACAUGUGUUGAGAACUAUGCCUCAUGUAACUGAACAUGUUGAAACGAGACCACUUUUCACUGAUGUCAUGCCUGGAAUUGAACAGGGAAGAGUACAACUGUGGGUAGAUAUGUUUCCAAAGCAAUAUGGUGAACCAGAUGAUCCGUUAGACAUCACACCACGAAAACCUUCAGAGUAUUUUAUCAGAGUGAUUGUGUGGAAUUGUCGUGAAAUUCCAAUGAUGGAUACAUCUAUGUUUGGUGAAAAGAUGACUGAUAUUUAUGUAAAAGGGUGGAUAGAGGGAUUGGAACAUAAAAAACAGAAGACCGAUGUUCACUACAGAUCUCUUGACGGCACUGGGAUGUUUAACUGGAGAUUUGUUUUCCCGUUCGAGUAUCUUCCACAAGAAAGAGUUGUCGUAGUAUCGAAGAAAGAGCAUUUAUGGAGCAUGGAUAAAACAACGACAAAAGUUCCUCCGGUUCUGAAUCUUCAAGUUUGGGACAAUGAUCUUUUCGGCCCGAACGAAUAUAUUAGUGAAAUAUCUCUUCCACUCAAUAAAACUCCGAAAUGUGUGAAAUUCAACAAGUUUGCAACUAUAAAAAAUAUACCAGACCUACAGGGUAAUUGUUCUGUUCCUGUUGUAAAUCUAUUUGACCAGAAGAUGCUAAAUGGCUGGUGGCCUUUAUAUUGCAUGAAAGAUGGUGAAAGAGUCCAAGCAGGUAAAAUUGAAAUGUCGGUAGAAGUCAUAUCGAGAGAAGAACACGAAGAACGACCUGCUGCAAAAGCAAGAGAUGAACCGAAUGAAAAUCCAAAACUCGAAAAACCAAAGCGCCCAGCAACGUCCUUUGCUUGGUUCACAUCACCGUGGAAAUCAUUCCGUUAUAUAAUAUGGAAAAAAUAUGGCUGCAUCAUUAUCACGAUAUUACUCGUUCUUCUGCUCAUUGUAUUCCUCGCAUUAUUCAUAUAUACAUUCCCGGGAUCUUUCACGGGUUGGUUUCUUGGAAAAUUCUAAACGUACCAGCGUCACAUAUGUGUAAAACAUGGAAUUUAACCACUUCCCCAGUGAUUCGAUGUACCGUAUUUUAUUGCUAUGCGAUCCUGUAACAUCUUUUUACGAGUAUUGGUUGCUAUUUUUUUCUGCUUGGCUUCAUUAGUAAUUAGUUAUUUGUGGCUUGCUGAUUCGAAUAUACAAUUUGUCAUAGUAAGAACAUUUAGAAAUGCAAAAAUAUGUUACAGGUAGUAAAUAUCAGAAGAAUAUAUCAUGCUAUUGUCCUAAAAAAGAAAGAAAUGAUUGCAACAUAUUUCGAAAGCGUCAUCAAUAAUUGUGUCAUAUUAUAUCUUAUAUAUAUAUAUAUUUUCGAAAAACAGAAAUCAAUGUUAUGAAAUUUUUAAAUACAUUUGUAAUUUGUGUUACAUCAUUUUGGUGCAGAAUGCAAUUGAGCUUGAACGUACAGAAACAAAUAUUGUUUUUCCCAAUAUUUCUGCCGAUGAUCCAUAUUUGAUGAUUUACAAUAUCUUUUAUAUUUGACCAUUCACUAAGAUAAACAAGUACAAAUAUAUGUUUGAAUUUUCUCACUGUACUUAUACAAUGUAUAUGUUUUGUUAUCUUUUCCUAUAUACACACAAUAAUUUUAGUUGUAGUUAUAUUGCCUAUAGAUUUUAUUGAUUUAAAUUAAUUGACGAAUCGCCUUUCAACUAGAAUGAUCUCUAAAUAAAAUUAUUGAUAAUUAAUAAUAAUUUAAUACAUAACAGA